UGUGGUACGUGAAAUUUGUUGUUUCUGCACAGAAUUGUCAGUGAAUGAUCGAUUUGUUUGUUAGUAGGAAGCCCAUCGUAUUCAUUCAGUUCAAAAGCCUCAUCAUUCUCAUCACUCUGUAAUUUUCAGGGCAGAAUUUGGACCAGAACCAGAUUGAAUCUGCCCAAAAAUGGUGUUCUCGUAAAUGGACUUAAGUUGGUCCAAGUUUUGCGAGUGCAAAACAGUGAACCAUGUGGAUGUUCAAUGUAGUAGCUAUUUUUCCAUGUAGUAGUGUCCUUUCAUGUCGAGAAUGAAUUGCUGGUUUUGUAGAGGAGGUAUUGAGAAACCUCAUCGAUCUUUGACAUGUUCUAGAUUUUUGGUGAGGAUGAAUAUUUGGUCCUGAGAGCAGUGGUGCACGGAGAUUUGAAUGCACCACCGGACUGUUGUUGCUGUAGAGCUAGCUGUUAGCAGAAUGAGAUGUCCAAGACUGUGAUGAAAAAUGCGGACCGUAUACGGUUGAAAUCGUGUUGAAAUUUCACGCAGGUCGGAUGCUAUACGUUGCCAUGGCAUGUCCAUUUUAAUUGUCUGUGAAUACUACUCCACGGGCGACGUUGCAGAAAGGCAGGCAUGCUGAAAUUUACUGCAGUCCAUCACGCCACGCCCAAUGUAUCUGUACAGAAGUUGUAGAAAUUAGAGCGUUUCAAAUUUCAAUGGACUUCACCCGAUCUUUGUGAGGAUUUGUUGUUGAUCGGUGUGAAGUGCAGCAGCCAUGUCUUGAUAAGUGAACGGGAUGAAUGCAUUUUAGCCCUGAGAGUACUGCUACAAAUGAGAUGGAUCGAUUGCCAACUCAGCAUAUUACUGGACCUGCUUUCUGCUGAAUUGGGCACGUCACAUAUCCACGACGCUUGUCUAUUGCUUGCGAGUUUCUAAAAAUUGCAUGGGCCUCAAUCCCUAUUUCUCUCUAUUGUCCAAUUCCGCACAACCCUCAAAACAAGAAUUGGUGUUCUUGGUUGUCAGGAGCACUUUCAGGCUUUACCGCACUCAUUGAACUCCCGGAUUGUAUAUUAUCGUGUUGGGGUUUUCAUUCUUGGUGGAAAAAAUUGCGGCAACGUCGAUGUGAUGCAUUAUCGUGACUUGAGAAGGGGGCUUCAUUGUGUGGCCGGUGGAAUUUUUUUUGAGUCCGGUUUCUUAGUUUGUUUUAUCGCUUAAGUGUGUUGGAGCGGCGUACUGAUUUCGCGCAAUGACAAGGUCUCGCGUGAAGCGGAAAGCGGUGGCAGAACUAGGAGUACUAAAAGCUCAAGCUGAAAGCGAUGGAGGGCCGUCCUCUUCAGGACCAGUGACACCGAAGAGAGCACGCAAGUUGGAAGCAGAACCUCCAGAGAAAAGAUUGUCACGUUUCGUUAGGAAACCUUCGAUGGCUGUCAAGGAGCGCAUUCAACGAGCCUACAAUCACCGAUUAUAUCUUAUUGAUAAAAAGAUGAUGGAUUCCGAAGAGAGCUUACUGACUGGAUGUGAAUUUUUUGUCCUCGGUGCAACAGGAAAUGUUUACUCAGUAAAACUAGAAAAGUUGCCAUCUUGUACUUGUCCAGAUGCGAGGAGAGGUAAUAUCUGCAAGCAUUUCUUGUUUGUAAUGUUACGUGUUCUCAAGCUGCCAGAGUCAGAUACAAGAGUAUGGCAAAAAGCAUUGCUGCAGACUGAGCUCGAAGACCUACUGAAAAUUUCGGCCAUCAAUGAAGAUAUUGUAGCCAGUCAACUUGUUCGGCAGCGAUUUCAUGAAAUUACAGGAACCAAUUCGAAAUCGGAUGCCUCUCCGAAUGAGACGCAGAAAAGUAUCCAGAGAGACAUCAAUGGAGACUGUCCCGUUUGCUACGAAGCAAUGGCUGGCGAUGACAACAAACCUGUAGAACCGAUUAUCUUUUGCAAGUCCUGUGGCAAUAACGUGCAUCGUGACUGCUUCGAUAGAUGGAGCGGUAGCAAACGGAGCACGGGAGGCAGAGUAACCUGCAUAUAUUGCAGAGCCGACUGGCUUGAUAUCGGAAGUAAGAAUAGCCAGAAUGUGGGCAUUGAUCGUGGUGGUUAUGUAAACCUGGCCUCGUACUCUGAGGGCCAUGUUAAUCAAGACACAAGCCUGGAAUCAUUGUAUCCUAACAGCUUGGAAUGGUUGGAUUCUCACAACAGGUGACAUUCCAGAAAAGGUUGCCUUUUACCUUGUGGGGUUGUUCCAACUGUAAGUCUCUGUUCGAAUCCUUUUCGGCGUUAUGAGAAGUGGACAAGUUUACACACAGUUCUGCCUGGAAGUUGAUUGAUUGGUGGGGGUUACUGGCGUGUGACUUGUGACGUUAAAUUUCCCGGCAUUAUUGGUGGUGUAAAAAGUCACAUUAGUGGUGUUGUAAAAAGACUGGAUAAACAAUUUUUUGUACUGGUUAUUAGAAGUAGUAGUUUUAUAUUAGUCGAGUUUGGAACCACUUGUCAAAAAAUAAAUGGAUGUAGUUAUGAACAAAUAAACUGAAUGGAAUAAAACACAAUUGUUACAAGUAAA